AUGUUCGCGCGUUUCGCCAACCCUCAUGCCCUCGAUGCGAAAAUUGAAAUUGUCUCACGCAAUACUAUAACAGAGGACGACACAGAGUCUACCGGUGAAGCUCUCCGCGACGACGGACUGUUGAGCGAACUGGACCGACUUGUGAAACGCUCGCUGGGUGAGCUUGAUGUCCCCGGAAGCGUCGAAGAAAAGUCCAGGAAAAAACGCAGGAAGAUAGAAAAGGAUAGUACGAAAAACUGUCAGGAAGGGAGUGCUGAGUCCAUGGCCUCCAUACCGUUCCGCCUCGUAUCACGUACUCUGCCUCCAAAAGAGAUUGAACUCAGGCCUGCGGGCCCUCCAGUGAUUGUUGUUAAGGAGCCGUCGUGUGAAGACAACAACGAAGAGGCAGAAUGCCGCAGAGCUCGAGCCCAGGAAGCUGCAAUAGAUCUCGGCCAAAUAAUGUCUAUGCAAUCACGAAAGCUCGACGACUCUCAUCGGACAAACGGCAGAGGCGCGAUCCACGUUACAUGCGAGCUCCCUUCGCCUUCGUCGCCGGUAAUAGUCGUGGAACAGAGCAAACCUACGCCACAACGGCCGAAGAUCGUUAAUUCUAAACCAUCCCUGGAGAUCCGACCAUCACCGCAUACCCUACGGCCCAACAUACAUGUCCCAGUGGUAGCAGUAACUGCUGUGCCAGAGGAUAGCAAGUCGAAGAGCUCGAGGAACAUCCGACGAGCGCGAGCGAAAGCGCACACAACACCUCCACGGCCUCCAGCAACGUUCUGGCGACCAUUACGAGAAUGGGGUGUCAAAGCCGCUGGCUACUCGGUGGGUUAUGAAGGCAGCUGGCCUGUAUACGAGAAUGAUCAGUCGCGAUACAAGUAUCAGCGCGAUACGAUGCGGAAGGGGGUACACGCGACAGAAUGGCGAUGA